GAGAUACUCAGCUCUCCAGUGCAUCUACAAUCCAGCUUCCUCUCUGCUCCGGUUUGAAACCUUGCAGAGCUCUGGAAGACUAGAGAGGCUUACUGCUCGAGACAGGACUGAGAGGGGAAACAUGGUAAUGUGAAGGUGCACAAAGUUGAAGCUACUAUGGACAGUCACGUCAUACAGAUUUCCCGAGAUGACUUGGAAGAUCUAAAAGAAGCCUUCAACAAAAUCGAUAUUGAUAACAGCGGCUAUGUGAGUGAAUGGGAGCUACAGGAGCUGUUCAAACAGGCAAACUUCUCCCUUCCAGGCUACAAGGUCCGAGAGAUCGUCGAGACCUUCAUCGCUGGAGAUACAAACAAAGAUGGAAAGAUCAGCUUUGAGGAAUUUGUCUCUAUCUACCAAGACCUGAAGAGUAGACAGAUCAGCAAGACAUUUAAAAAACUUGUAUCACGGAGGGAUGGGAUUCGUUCUUUUGAAGGAACAUCAGGGAACACCAGCGAGGGAACCCAGCAUUCCUACGCUGAUGAGGAGAAGGUGGCUUAUGUAGACUGGAUCAACAAAUCUUUGGCAAAAGAUCCAGACUGCCAACAUCUGCUGCCCAUGAACCCUGACGAUGAAAGCCUCUUCACCUCCGUCAGCGAUGGCAUCCUCUUAUGCAAGAUGAUCAACCAUUCUCAGCCAGACACGAUUGAUGAAAGAGUCAUCAACACUAAGAAACUUACCACCUUUCAUAUGAGAGAGAAUCUGGUCUUGGCCCUGAAUUCAGCCUCAGCUAUUGGGUGCACGGUGGUGAGCAUGGAUGCCCAUGACUUGAUGGCUGGAAAACCCCACCUGGUUCUGGGAUUGCUCUGGCAGGUUAUCAAGAUUGGCGUCCUAGCUGACUUAGAAAUCAGCAGGAACGAAGGUCUGAUUGCCCUUCUAGAAGAUGGAGAAUCACUGGAGCACCUAAGGUCUCUCCCCCCUGACGAGAUGCUGCUCCGUUGGGUCAACUAUCAUCUACGCAAUGCAGGAAUGGAAACAAUCAGCAACUUCAGCGAAGACAUCAAGGACUCGCGGGCCUACUUCCACCUGAUGGAUCAGAUCACUUCCUGUGAGGAGGAGGAAUUCCAAAUGAAGAUAAAAAUUGACAUGAGCGGCCUCAAUGAGUGGGAUUUGGAGAAAAGGGCUGAGCUGAUGCUGCAGCAGGCGGCCAAACUGGAAUGCAGGCAGUUUGUUACUGCUCGUGAUGUCACAUCUGGAAACAGCAAACUGAACACACUCUUCGCGGCCAACCUGUACAACAUGCACCCCGGUCUGCAGAAGCCUCAGAGGAAUGAAAGUGAAAUAGAGCACAUAGAGAAGGAGACCAGAGAAGAAAAAACAUUUUGCAACUGGAUGAACUCUCUGGGUGUUUCUCCACAUGUGCACCAUCUUUACCAUGACCUGUGUGACGGCUUGGUGAUUCUGCAGCUUUAUGAUAAGGUCAAUGUGCCUGUGGACUGGAAGAAAGUCAACCGCCCUCCUUAUCCUGCGCUGGGGGCCAAUAUGAAGAAGCUGGAAAACUGUAACUAUGCUGUGGACCUGGGCAGGGAUGCUGCCCGCUUCUCCCUGGUUGGAAUUGGAGGAGUAAAUCUAAAUGAGGGGAGUCGUGUACACACCUUAGGGCUGGUCUGGCAGCUGAUGAGGAGGUACACAGUUCAGGUUUUGUCCGAUUUGGGUGAUGGAGAGAGGGUGGUAGAUCAAAUCAUCCUGGACUGGGUCAACAAGAUGCUGAGCCAGAAUGGAAAGGAUACACAAAUCCGCAGCUUCAAGGACAAGCUGAUCAGCACCAGCCUGCCAGUGAUUGACCUGAUCGAUGUAAUUGAUCCGGGGAAGGUCAACUUCGACAUGGUGGCAAGAGGAGAAAAUGGAGUGCUGAAGGAAGACGAUAAAAUCAACAAUGCCAGUUAUGCAAUUUCAUCGGCUCGUAAGAUUGGCGCUCGUGUCUACGCUCUGCCUGAUGAUUUGGUGGAGGUCAAACCCAAGAUGGUGAUGACUGUGUUUGCCUGCCUCAUGGGGCAUGGUAUGAAGAAAGCCAAACGCUGAAGUGGGUACAAACAACAUUGAAUGAAGAUGAAAAAAAAAGUAUUUUACUUAAAAAAAAUAUUUUUAUUUCUUUUCUUUGAGUUUUAAACUUGCCGUGCGUCAGGGCCGGCUAUACACUGGGGCACGAGGGGGCAACGCCCCCUUAAACGAACAUCCUGCCCCCUUAAAUCAAACUUUUAGAAGUUGAGAAAGAAAAUAAUAGACUACCCCCUGUUGAAGUACGCCAACUUCAUGGAUUCUUUUUGAUGGUAGGGAUCAGGCAGAGACUUUUACUUCCAAAAUCAGACGUCUUUAUUUGCGCUGGAAGUAAAUAAAAUACAAAUGCAUCUGAAGAUCAUCCUAUGGAGUCUUAUUCUAAAGGCUGAUCUGAGGAGCAUUCCUCACACACACACCUUUAUAGCGUGUGUGUGUGUGUGUGUGUGUGUGGUGGUGG